AUGGAACCCAUCCAGACGGAUAUCAUCGACAUGGCGUUCCUGAAAAACCGACGAUUCGGUGGAUUCGUGCCUUCUAACGCGUAUUAUUUCAUGAAUACGACCACUGCAAGCCCCGCAACUGCAACGGUCGUUCCGGAUCCAACCUGCCUAUCGAAUUGUUCCUUCGCUGCGAGGAAAGCAGUCCCUUGGGUAUGGAAGAAGAUAAAACCAACCGCUACAAUCACCCAUGCCGUCGUAUACCACAUCGUCAACAAUCGCACCAAUACCACCUCGUUAUCGACUUCGUACCUUGCACAGAACGGAACGGACACGUAUAGCCCACCCAUGACGAACUCUGCCGGAACAAAGGUCGUGGAGAUUACCUUGGUUGCACCAAGUGAAACCGGUGUCACUUCUGUAGCCACCGUCACCUAUCCUAGUAUCUUCACAUCCUACAACUCUGGCUACAGAUGGUGGGGCGUCCUGCCGACUACCACUGCUGGCGGCCAAUCGGUUUGUUCCUGGGUGCCUUGGUGGGUAUCCAGCACCGCUCUCAACACUACUACAACUGUACCGAUUUAUACCACGAUGCCGAAUGGCGCAGUUACAAGGUCCUCGAUCGCAUCGCUUGCCCCAGUAUCUUUCGCAACUAUGGCCGUGGGCGACUUUGUCACCUACACGUCUAUCAACCACUUUGGUGAGCAACCAGAGCCUGAUCCUGAGGACCCUGAGGGACUGUGGUAUGUGCCUGUUCGAGAUGUAGAGAAACAAGAGUUAGGCGUACCUUCAAACAUCGAGGAUGCUGCGGUACAGCAAUGCUUCCACGAUGAAUACUACGAUGCCGCUCUUGUUGGAGAACUGGGGCCUAAGGAGUUGAGCACGGCGCUAUUCCUGACACUCACGGAGACCAUACACGAGGGCGUCUCAGAUCCUCCCGAGGCUUCCAUACCCUCCAUGGUAGAAGUUACAAUGGAACCUCCCGUGCCCGACAUCAUCACUUCAGAAGUCAAAACCACGGCGGUCGGGACAGUUCUCCCGGGAAGCACUACGAAACCUGCACCAUCUCCAACCCAGUCAAAUCCGGCCGCUACCGAGACCAUUCCGGUCGCAUCAGAGGGAGGGGAAGUUGCAGACAAUACUGCACUUCCUGUAGAAGACGGCCAAACUCCUUCCACGACGCCUGCAAAAGCUUCUCCAACCGCCAUCAUCAUCGGCGAUGCAACCGUCUCGCGCAACUCCAACUCGGAGCUUCUCAUCGGCACCCAAAUUCUGCAACCUGGCAUACCAGUCACGCUCGAUUCGGCCAAAGACUCCGAUGGCAAUCUCUCCCCAGUAACCGUAAUCCUCGAAACCAGCGGAGGAGAAACUCUCCUCGCCGUUGGAGACACCAUCACCACCAUCCCCCCUGCAGCCCCUCCACAACCCUCAGACGCCAACACUGUCAUCACAGCCGGCGACCAAACCCUGUCUUUCAACCCCUCCGCCAACAACAUUGUCCUCCCCGACGGCCGCACACUCUCCCCCGGCUCCACCAUCACCCUCCCUGGUUCCAACCCGAGCAGCGUCAACAAAGGCGACGACGACCAGCCCCUAACCAUCGCCCUCCUCCCACCCGCCACCACCACCAACAACGACAACGACGACACCACACCCAGCGACCCCCGCCGGCUAGUCAUCAACGGCAUCACAACCACCCUUCCCGUUCCCUUUCCCGCCGCCUCCAUUUCCAAUCCAACCCCCUCAACAGUCAUCGCAGUCGCAGCAGGCGCGACCUACUCCCUCACCCUCCUCCUCCUCGGCCCCGACCCAUCCGCCCGCCCCACCGUCGCCGCCAUCCUCUCCGACGGCCGCACCCUGUCUCCCGGCGCCGACGCAACUUCGCCCGUGGCGCUCCUCGUCGACACGGACGCUCGCGGCUCCCCGACGGCGACGCGCUUGGUCGUCGGGACUGCGGUUGCGGUGCUUGGUCCGGCUGUCACCGUUGCUGCUGCUUCUGCUGCUGCAGAGGGGGGCGCUGGGAGGACGGGCGUGGGUGGGGGUUGGGAGAGCGAUGUUGUUUCUGUUGAGGGGAGUGGGACUGGGACUGGGAUGGCUACGGCGAGGGAAGUGACGACGACGACGAUGGCGAUGACGACGUCGGGUGGUGGUGGUGGGCUUGGAGAUGCGGUGUGGGAGGGAUUGGGAGGGACGAGGAGUGGCGCGGCGGAUGCGGCGGCGACUGCAUCGGGGGAUGGGGAGCGAAAGGGUGGUGCGGAGAGGGUGAGGGGAGGAGGGGGCGAUGGUGUGCAGGUGUUUGGUCUUGUGGCGGCUUUGGGUGUGGCGGUGCGGAUGUGGCUUUAG